UAGAUGAUGACGUCAUUUUUUCUUUACAAUAAUGGCGACUUCUCCGUCGACUUCUCAGGCUCAAAUGUGCUUGAUGUGUAAAAAGAAUGGCCGCGACGACUGCUCUGUUUUCUGUCGAUCGUGUGAAUUAGAAUAUCCUUACUGCUAUGAAUGUGGUGAAAAAGAGAGGAACAUUCCCUAUAAGUUAUGCUCCGAUUGCUAUUCAAAGACAAGGUCUGAACGUCGAGCUAUAAAAGAAAUAAAAAAGCAGCCAUUAUUGAGUCGUCUUGAUGCCAAGAAAGCAGAGUACCAACGUGCUCAUGAAAUUUUUAAGUCGAAAUGGGUUAAAUAUUUACCUGUUCCAGAGCCAGAGGCUAUAUUUGCAGUAUCAAAUAGCAAAAUUUGGGAAUCAUUUCAGAAAUAUGCAAAGGAUUUAAAGGAAAAAGACUCUGAUGCAACAACGGAUUACUUUUUCCAUGGGACAACUCUGCAGUGUGAUCUCCUGGAGCAAAAUGAAACUUGCGAUGAUUCGAACUGUGGAAUUUGUGGCAUUGUGGCAAGAGGUUUCGAUAAGUCUCUUAUUGGAAAGAACAUACCCCGUUUUAAAAGAUAUGGAGAAGCAUUUUAUUUGGCACCUAACUCAUCAAAGUGUCAUGAUUAUACUCAAGGAAAGGAAGAUAUUGGUAUGCGUGCUCAAUUGUUAUGUCUUGUUGCAUGUGGAACUAAAUUUGAGACAACAAAAGAUCAUACUCGUCUGAUGAAAGCGCCUGAAAAAUGCGAUUCUGUGUAUGGAAAUAGUGGAGGAACAUUAAAUUAUGAGGAGGUAGCUAUUUACGAGUCAAGAGCAAUAUUACCUGAAUUUGUUAUUGUAUACAGUAAAAAUGGUGUUCAUAAGAUAGCAAAAUGAAGUAAAAGUAUUUUUAUCCUUUUUUGUCAUCAAUUUACAAGUGUUAUUUGUUUUAGAAAUCAUUGAUGUAUAAUUCCUAU